AAGACCGACCGCCCCGUUUACCGCAAUCUAUUUACGUGUACGAUAAGUGAUCGUUUUGCAACCUCGUUGCGUUUUUAAGUCGUCAUCCACAAGACGAAUGGAGUCAUUUAAGAAAAAAUAAAUUAGGAGGAGGGUGGAAACCCUACAGAUGAAGUGUAUACUCACCGAGAAACUUCUAACCAAAAUUACUUAAUUUGCGACGUUCAAGUUAGCAUUUGAGCUAUGAUUAUACAGGGGUGGAUUAUACGACACAUUGUACAUCAAUAGUGCAAAGGUGAACAAUGUGAUUGGAGUAUUUUCACCAGAAAUACAAGUUUAUCGUCAUUGGAUCAGCUGCUUUAUGGUGGACAUGACGGAAGACCAAACCUUGGAGAUACAUGCUGAUCAACCCUGGAUUUCCAAAACAUUCAUAUCAAUAGUUAUAAUGAAAUAAACUUCGUGUCAACCGAAUGAUCUCACAAUAAACUCUGUGGACCAUCAUUCCCUGAAACCUGGAAACUGUGACUCCUUAAACAGAUUUUUUGUCACCUUUUUGGAGUUGUACAAACAAAAAUGGGAAAACACGAGUAUAGAGGAGUACGAGCCCAGCGGGCUAUGAAUCUCGCAGCAGCUAGACGUGAGGAAAAAGAGAAAAUGAAGCGUAUGAAAUAUGGAUACUACGACCCGAGUCGACCAGAGUUCUACCCCAGAUCCUUGGCUCGUCCAACGACACCCCGCCCUCAGAGUGCAGGUCUGGCAAUGAGGGGUACAGAGGCACGUGAUAUUGGCAUAGACUUGGGACCUGCCCCUGAGAAGCCGAAGGAAACGGUACGAUCAACAUCCUGGAAGUAUCUCCACACGUGUGUUGGCAUCAUGGCUUUAGCAAUGGUCGGAAUUGGACUUCUUGUGGGGAUCACCUCCCAUUGGGUGACCAGUAGAGCUGGACAGGCUGGUAUCGGUCUCAUCUGCGGUGGGGUCGGACUCGUCAUAGGCGUCAUCAUCUUCGCAUUCAUACGGCUCAAGCACGCCAAGAUGAAAGAAAAGAGGAGAGAAAAGAAGAAGGCAAAGACUGCUCUUGAAGCCGGUAAAAGUGGUGGGAAAGCGAUUCAGACGAAAGGUACAGCUCAAGAUCUUCCGAUGAGACCAAUGUCAAGCAAACCGAACAGGCCAACGAAGAGCAGGAACGAGACGAAGGAGGAGAGGGAGGAGACAAGUUCAUAUGAAGAAAGUGGCAGUGAAGUGAACGAGGAGACGACAUCAGAUACGGCCAACAUCGUCCCUAGAUCAGUAAGCCGAACUAGUAUGAGCCUCCAAGGUUCUAUCAAUAUGAGUGCCAUUCCUGAAGACGAGGAGGAAGAGGAGCAGGAGAAUGACAACAAGGCAUCGUCAUCGAAAAAGACCUCGGAGAGUAAAGACUUGGAUAGUAAUAGUUUACCAGGUGUAAUUGUGACGUCAGAGAAAGAUACGUAGUUAGUGAUUGUCAAUGUCUCAUUGCCGCUCAUAGAAUGUGAACAAUUUCAACCCCAAAUCAAAUAUUAAUUGAUUUUUGACUAUUUAGUUACACUUCUUUGGGACUUCGUUUUAUUUUCCGAAUUGUCGGUCAUUUUGAAACAUAUUGUUUGUGCAAACCCGGCGUUUACCAGAUUCGAACCUCGAGGAUAGCGCCAAAUUAGUUCUUGAUUAAGAAAUAUAUAUACAUAUAUAUAUAUAUAUAUAUAUAUAUAUAUAUAUAUAUAUAUAUAUAUA